GUUGACUUUACGCGUAUCGCCGCCAUGGAUGACCUUUAUGACGAGUUUGGUAACUUUAUUGGGGAGGCCGAGUCCGAUGAAGAAGUCCAGACGAACGGCGAGGCGGCGGACGCCUAUGUCCUCGACGAUGACGAGCCCGAGGAGGCCGAGGUGAACGACCAGCAGCUUAUGGAGGUUGACGAGGGCCCAUCGAACGCCGUAAUCCUGCACGAAGACAAACAGUACUACCCCUCCGCGGCCGACGUAUAUGGCGAAGAUGUCGAAGUUUUGGUACAAGAGGAGGACACGCAGUCGCUGGCACAGCCAAUCAUUGCGCCAGUCGUGCAGAAGAAGUUCACAGUGCAGGAGACAGAUCUGCCGCCUGUACACUACUCGAGAGAGCUGUUGACCGAUUUGAUGAGCUUUCCGGAUCAGAUACGAAAUAUUGCAAUUACUGGACACUUGCAUCAUGGAAAGACUGCGUUCAUGGAUAUGUUGGUGAUGGAGACACACGACAUCCAGGACCGACUGGACUACAAGAAGGGCAAGAAGAGGGAGGAGCAAUUGCGAUACACGGACGUACACAUCCUCGAGCGCGAGCGAGGCCUUUCGAUCAAGGCAGCGCCGAUGAGCUUGGUUCUGCAGAACACUAAGUCGAAGUCGCAUCUCUUCAACAUUCUGGAUACACCUGGACACGUCAACUUCGCAGAUGAGGUUGCAUCGUCCUUGCGCCUGGUCGAUGGUGUGGUAUUGGUUGUGGAUGUUGUGGAAGGUGUACAGGUCAACACAGAGCAGGUCAUCAAGCAUGCGGUGCUGGAAGACCUUCCUCUGACCUUGGUAAUCAACAAGAUGGACCGUCUCAUCUUGGAAUUGAAGCUUCCACCCAAGGAUGCCUACUUCAAGAUCAAGCAUGUGAUAGAGGAGGUCAACACAGUCAUUGAGAACACAAUUCCUGGAAGGGGCGAGAGCAGACGAGUCAGCCCUGAGAAAGGCAACGUCGCGUUCGCCUGCACAAGUAUGCGAUGGUGCUUCACAAUCCAGUCAUUCGCAAAGAUGUACUCGGACUUUUACCCAGGGCCCUCGCGGUUGCCAGGAUUCGGAGUGCCUAUGAAGGGUCUGGAUGUCGAGAAGUUCGCCAUGCGACUAUGGGGCGACAUCUUCUACAACCCGGGUAGCCGCAAGUUUAGCCGUAAAGCACAGGAGGAGGGGUCACAGCGGUCAUUCGUGCAUUGGAUUCUGGAGCCGGUCUACAAACUUUACUCUCACACUCUUAGCGAAAGCUCAGCCGACCUCAAGGACACAUUGAAUGCACUCGGCAUCAAUCUGAAGCCUUCGGAGUACAAGACCGAUGCCAAGGAGCUCAUGCGCCUGGUGUGCCAGCAGUACUUUGGCCCAUCGUCAGGUUUUGUCGACAUGAUCACCCAACACGUUCCAUCGCCGGCCGAAGGUGCGAAGAGAUUACUUCAGCGACACUACACUGGACCGUUGGAUUCAAAAACUGCAGAGGCUAUGGAGAAGUGUGACCAGGAUGGUCCUCUCGUGGUGCACGUUACAAAGCUGUUCAAUGCUACGGACGCGAAGUCGUUCACUGCUCUGGGACGAGUCAUGAGCGGUAUCGCAAAGUCUCCACAAUCGGUGCGCGUUCUUGGCGAGGGUUACACCAUCGAAGACGAGGAAGACAUGGUCGUUGCCACCAUCACAGACACAUGGAUCGCCGAGUCGAGAUACAACGUACCUGUCAGUGGUGUACCAGCAGGCAACUGGGUGCUGCUGGGCGGUGUCGACAACUCGAUCGUCAAGACGGCGACAAUCGUCGCUUCGAAGCUUCCUGACGACGAAGACGCGUACAUCUUCCGACCGAUUCGACAUUUCUUUGAGUCUGUCUUCAAGGUGGCAGUUGAGCCCAUAAACCCCUCCGAACUGCCGAAGAUGCUGGACGGUUUGCGUAAGGUCAACAAGUCGUACCCUCUCAUUACCACAAAGGUAGAAGAGUCAGGAGAACACGUCGUUCUCGGUACCGGCGAACUGUACAUGGACUGCGUUCUGCACGAUUUGCGACGACUGUAUGCCGACAUGGAGAUCAAGGUUUCGGAUCCAGUCACGAGGUUCUGCGAGACGGUUGUUGAGAUGUCUGCCAUCAAGUGCUACGCAAUGACACCAAACAAGAAGAACAAGCUCACCAUGAUUGCCGAGCCAUUAGACCCAGGGAUCGCAGAGGAUAUCGAAGCUGGCAAGGUUAACAUCAAAGACCCUGUCCGUGUGGUUGGCAAGUUCUUCGAAGAGAACUACGGCUACGAUCUGCUUGCAUCGCGCAAUAUCUGGGCCUUCGGACCUGAUGAUAUGGGUGCUAACAUCCUGCAAAACGACACACUGCCCUCAGAAAUCGACUCAAAAACACUUCGCACGGUCCGCGACACAUUACGGCAAGGCUUCAGCUGGGCGACACGUGAAGGUCCGCUGUGCGAGGAACCCAUUCGCAACACCAAGUUCCGCAUCACAGACGUCGAGCUGGCGUCAGAAGCCAUCUUCCGUGGAGGUGGUCAGAUUAUCCCCACAAGUCGACGAGCUUGCUACUCGAGUUUCCUCAUGGCGAGCCCCAGGCUGAUGGAGCCGGUGUACUCCUGCAGCAUGACUGGUCCUGCAGACACUAAGAGUAGUCUGUACACAGUGCUUGCCAGGAGGAGAGGACACGUGCUGCAGGAUGGACCGAUCGCUGGUACACCGCUGUACAAUGUGAGAGGACUUAUUCCGGUCAUCGAUUCUUUCGGUUUCGAGACCGAUCUGAGAAUCCACACGCAAGGCCAAGUAUCACUCUCCCUCGUCUUCGACCGCUGGUCCAUCGUACCCGGCGACCCACUGGAUAAGGAGAUCAAGCUGCGACCCCUCGAGCCCGCCACCGCACAGGCACUUGCCAGAGACUUCGUGCUCAAGACACGAAGAAGGAAGGGUCUCGCUGAGGAUGUGACUAUCAGCAAGUUCCUUGAGCCAGAGCUGUUCAGGAGCUUGAAGGAGAGCGGUGUACUUGACGGGUAG